UCAUUAAUGCGCGCCGCGUGUUUACAGACAACCGUCCAAAAAAAAAAUAAAAUCAGUUUCCAGCUGUUCUCACUCUAAACACGGAGUCUUAUUUCAGAUUGUGACAGGAGUGCAGGUGGAGGACAAGCACAGAGUGAAUAAGACGGUGCCUGUGGAGAAAAACCUGCAUUUUUAGACACAUUUUGCGAGCUACUUUGUGGAUGUUGUCUCAGUGUGGAUGUGAUUGGAAGCUACUGUGAACCCAAAAAAAGUUGUCAGAGGCUGAAACCAUCUUAAAAACCUGCUCAUUAUAAAGUUACAGUGAUGUGACAUGGCGUCUGCAAGCGGGGUCUUAAUGUGAGGAGUCAAACAUGGAUGAGGAAGAAGAUCUGGAGACACUUGGUGAACAACUGUACUCUCUGAUUUACCCCAACCACAAAGACAAUGCUGGGAAACUCACAGGGAUGUUGCUGGAGCUGCCGGGUCCUGUCCUGAGUCAGAUGCUGCAGGAUGAGGCCACACUGAGCGCAGCCGUGGAGAAAGCCCUCAGAGCCCUGCAGCUGGCGCAGGAGCCCAGCAAGGUGACAUGUAAGGACGAGGAUGACGUGUCAAUGUCCUCUGACUCUCUGGGUGAGCAGCUGUUUGAGUUGGUGGAUGUUUACAACACCGGCCACUCGCAGAAAAUCACAGGAAUGCUUCUGGAGCAGCACAAAGAGGCCGUUUUAAACCUUCUCUCUGAUCCAAAACUGCUGGAAGAGCAAGUGAACUUUGCCCUGAAGACACUUAAAGAGCAGAGCAUGGAGGAGACGGACAUUAGUGACUCGUCGGAUGUUGACGACACAGAGAGGCUGGGAGAGAAGCUCUUCUCGCUGGUGGAGGAGCUGGACCCACUUCAUGCUAAUGAUAUUACAGGUAUGCUCCUGGAGAUGGACCCAGCUGCUCUCCAACAGCUGCUCAGUGACCACACGAUGCUGGAGGUUGCUGUUCAGAAAGCACAAGCAGCACUGGAUACCUAAAACUGAACUCUCUCAACUUGAACAGAAGAGGACGACAGCAUUUUACACACAGAAUAACAGUUAUAAAUUAAUGACUUUGAUUCAUUUAGAUAAUAUAAUGCUGGGGAAGAGCUGACAACACUUUAGGAGAUCAUAUUUAUGAUUUGUGUUUUAUACAGAUUUUUGAGUGACCUGUGGAAAGUUUGACUCGACCUACUGUAAAUAAUUUAAGAGUCUAGUAAGCUUAUUCUUAGCUGAGAUUACAUUAAUGUAAUUGUCCCUUUCUAAUACGGGUAUGCUCACUUUGCUGGUACGUGAUUAUCUUUCUCAGAUAAAUUGACUGGACAUAAGUGCCAUUGUGCCAAACAUCCACAACAAGACAUUAGAGUCAUUGUUUCUUGAUGGAAUUGUUUACAGCGGGCUGUAAGUCUAUGAGAGAAGUGCUUAUCUAUGUCCUGCUAUGUUGAUAUGCUUGCUUUGGUACUGUACUCAUAAUGAUUAACUGUACAAAUUGGUGAAAUAUCUUUGCUAACAGAAAAUACAGCAGAUUGUACAUAAAAUAAAGAAGCUCUACAUUUAUAAAGCAAUAUGGCAUCAAAUUAUGUCCAGACAUCCAUGGACCAGUCCAAUACUUUGGCUCAUGAUCAGUUGAUUCAGAGCCAGAGUAUGUUUUUUACUGGGUCAAACAUCAGAGUAUUUAUCAUUUAGAGAGAAGGAUGCUGAGCACUGUGACUUGAAUAGAACACUAAUACAUGAGAGGCACAAGCUGGGGCUAGUAGUUAGCUAACUGUUAGCAAUGUAGAUAAACCUCUUAAAUUGGUCACCCCAGUGACAUUUUAUUUGUAUUUAUAUUAGGUAGAAAUCAAAUGCAAACCUAACUGGCCUUCCACUGUGUGUGUUCUGGCCUAGUCUGUGCAUGUAUUUCCUCACUGGCACUGUGUUAGGUCUGCACAUUUAACAGUAGUUUAAUUUCUUGUUAGAUCUGUCAGCUCAAGGUUGUCUGCAUUGUGCGUAAUGCGACUCCAAACUUAACAGCUGGACUUUCCUCAAGUACACAUGCUUGCUUAAUUUAACGAGUCACUGUAUUUUAAAACACAAAACCUGUAAUGAAUGAAACCAAUAGACAUCUCUUUCAAAGUGCUACAGAGCGCAAAAAAUAACUUUAUUACCAUUUCUUCUCCACCUUUUGUAUUUACUGUUUUUAUGUCAAGAAUUUUACAUGAGGAAUUCUAAAACAUUGGGGAAAACAACUCCUUCUCUGAAACAAAAGGGGACUUUUUGUUCAUUUUAAUCUGGUGCCUACAAAAUCAUUGAGUCAAAAACAUCUGGGUUGACAAAUGAUUGAAUUAAAAAUCAUAUUUGUAAACUAAUAUGACAGGGAAGUAUUAGAGUAGAGUACAAUUAGCUCUCAUUUCACGAUUUAGAUAAAGUUUUAUUUGUCUGCAGAAGCGGUCAAAACAAAUGAUAAGAAUAGGAAUCCACAUCAUCUCUGGUGAAUCAUAAAUGCAUUUCUUAAAAGCUAAUCAGGAAAAAUUAGUUAAUCUCCACACACACACAAG